AUUUACAAGAAUUUGUGAUAAUUAUAUUAGUUGUUCGAUUUAAUUUACUUUACUUUAAAAAUGGCAAACGUAAUUUUUGCUGAAAUGGGCUUUGGUGAUAUAUACUCCCUUCCUAUGGCAAAUGCUGAAAACCAAGCACUGGAGAAAGAGCUUCAAAUGAAGCGAAAAGAGAAAUCUAACUUGCAGAAUAAAAUCAGCCAGCACCGAGAGACAGUCCAGGCCUUAUCAGACUUUCUGAAAAACGUCAAACAGGAGCUACUUCACACACAGGCGCUCUCUAAGGCUGUGGAGAAGGAGGUAGAGUCUGAGGUGCAUUUCCGAAUCCUGGCUGACAGAGAGGUGGGCUGUCUGCAGCAGGAAACCACUCAGCUGGACAAGGAGCUGUGUCUUCUGCGGCAGAAAAAGAACACACUGGAGAGUGAGAUCCUCAAAGGCUCUCAGAAGCUGGAGAAGAUGAAGACCCAGAUUAACUGGGAUCAGCAGACUCUGGAUGACCGGCUGGAGGAAUUUGCGCGGGAGGACGAGGACACGAUGGUGCUGGCCAAAUACUGCCGUCAGGACGAGGCCAGGAUAAAGGAACUGACACUGAGCAUUGACAAAACGACCGCGGAGAUCAACCAGAAGCACAAGGCUCUGGACAAGGAGUGGACCAACACGAUGGCCGCACAGGUGGCGCUGGACCGGACCACAGAGAACUUUCAGAGUGCCCACAGGGAGCGGCAGGAGCUCAUCCACCAGUGGGAGAACGCCAUCGAGCAGAUGCGCAAGAGAGACUGCGGCAUAGAGCAGUGCAUCAUGUCUCUGUCCCAGGCGAAUCAGGAGGUGCGGGAGCGUCAGGACAUGCUUGCGGAGAAGAAGAUGCAGCUGGAAAACCAGAAGAGUAACAACCAGGAGUACGAGAAGAAGGUCGUUGCCACCAAGAAGCUGGCGAGCCAACUGAGGGUGGAGUUUCAGGACAACGAGAGCCUCUGUGGUGAGCUGAAGAGCGAGUUUGAAGGCUUGCGGUGCACCGUGGAACAGGUGGCUACCAAAGUGGAAACUAUGAGGUCACAGCUGACGAGCCUGAAUAAUGACAAGAAGGAUAAAAGCUUCAAGCUGAAAAAUGCCAAGCUCCUCAUCGCGGUUCUGGGACAGAAGAUGAAGGACGUGACCGAAUCGGCCAUUGGCGUGGAGGGGGUGGCUUCCAUGAUGGAGCGAAUGGUGGAGGAGGAGGAUCUGGCCAAUAUGGAGCUGGAGUCUAUGACACAUCACCAACGCAGGGUGCUGUCGCAGAAAGCCAAGGACUUGCAGGCCCUGAAAGCCAAGGAGGAGAACUUAAUGGCCGAGAUCUUCAGGACUCGAGAUGUCCUCCGCAACCUGCUUCGCCACCUCAGGAAUGUGGAGGACGAUUACGUCAGAAACCAGGAGCUGAUUGAAAGCCAGGACUGCCAGAUCAAAGUGGUGAAAGAGAAGCAGAGGCGUCUAAAAGGUGGUCAGAAUUCUCAGAAGGACCACGCCUUCAGACUGGAGCUGGCCGAAUUGACCAAGAACUUCGAGGAGAAAAAGAGGACCACCAUAAUGCUGUCACAGCAGCUGAGAAGCUUGGAGGUGGAGACUCGCUGUGUGAAGAAAACCGUUGAGAAGGUUGAAACACAGAAGGCGGACCUGUCCUCUAAGCUUGUGGAAAUGGAGCUCUGUAAUGAGGUUGCUGAAAGGGAAUUUAAGAAGCUUAUUCUAAAAACUCAGGAAUCCCUGCUGGAGGACAACAUCCUGACGCUGGACACAAAGCGAGUCCGAGAUCGCCUGCAGAUUGAGACUGAGCGGGUGCUCUUUCUCGAGAAACAGAGGAUGACCCUGGAGGCAGCGAUGAGGGAGAAAGACCUGGAGGUGGACUUUAACAGAGACAUGCUCCAAACGCAGGUCCGGAUAAACAGCCAGAAGAAUCAGCGUCUCAGAAUGGAGAUGAAUGAAAACCUGAGUAAAAUCGACAAGAUGAAGGUGAAAUAUGAGACCAUUGCAGUGCCCAUCAUGCCUCCCGAUGGAGAAGGAGGGCACUCACUGGAAUAUUACAUGGUCCAGGCUGCGCAGGAGAAGGAGGAGCUCAAACGCAAGGGCGACAAACUCGACAAAAAAGUCAGCAAGAAGGAGACUGAGGUUGAGGCCCUGGAAAACACCCUGCACGCCAUCAGCCACAGGACUGAGCACCGCAAGGUUUCCGGCCUGCUCAGCCAGUCCACUGAGGAAUAUGGAAAACAUCUAGAGCUCGAGGACCAGAAGAGGGCUCUGGAGGGGAAGUGCAGAUUCAAAAUGAGGCAGAUCAGAGAACUCCAACAAGACAUUGCUGGCGUGAACAACUCACUUGAUGACCUCCAUCAAGAGGAAGUCACAUUGAAGGAACAAAGGAAUGAGAAUUGCACUAAGAUCCUGACCCUAAACAAAGAACUGGAAUCUCAGAAAGAAAGGCUUGAUCGAGUCGCAAAGCAGUGCUCAAGACUGACUGGAGACAUUCGCUCAUCCCAGAAGACCAAGAGCAAGACCAGAGAGGAAUAUGAAAUAGACCUGUGUCAGCUGAAGGACUUUGAAAAAAUAGUGGAGAGGAUGCUGCUCGAGGCUAUGGACGAGGACCCAGACCUGAGAUCUGUCCUGCAGACUCAUUUUCAGGAGAAUAACCUGCCUUUGCCUGAAUCUGUGUUCCCAAUAGCCAUUCAUCUGACCCCUGGUUCCAGGUCUUCUGGCAGUAGCAGCAUCAGGGCUGACUCCCCUCCACCACGGCUAUCUAAACCAGGCAGUCGCGUUAGCUCUGCUUCCAGCGCCACGUCUCCUGUGAGAGUCAGGUCUGCCGGCAGUGUCCGCUUUCGGGCCGAGUCUCCUGCCCUGCACGUGCCCAAACCCGGCAGCCGCCUCAGCUCCGCCCGCAGCUCUCUGUCCUCCCUCAGUGGAUGUCCCAGAACUUCUGGCCCACGAUCCCCCCAUGUAAAGAAGGUUGACCUGGGGCUGCAGCUGAUGGUGAGCAGUGCCUUUUCUGCCACCACCCCACGGGGAAGCAGGCCUGGGGGCUCGGGAACCAGCAGGAGCACCCCAAAGAAGAAGUCCCAGAGGAAAUCCACUUAGUGCCGCCACUGUCUCUGUAUAAUAUAUAUAAUAUAAAGACGCAGCCAUUGAAAGCCCUGUGCAGGAAGAAUGUUUUUUCAAUUUUCACCUGAAUGCGUUUUUAAUGAAUCCAGUGGAACUGUUGCCACU